AUGUUUAAACAUAACGGACUCUCGAAGUUUCUGUUGUUGCGGAGGCAAUUUGAAAGGGAUUUCUCAACAACAAUAGUACGAUGCCAGACAGAUGCUGAUGUCCCUGUUGAUAUAUUGCGGUCACAUUUCAUAACGAGAGGUAGAAAUAAUUCUGCUCUCAGUGGUAGAUACUCUUCUCUGGAGAAGGAAACAAAAAAGAAUGAUUUUAGUAACAUGAACGAACAAAUUAGAGAACGUGUUUCGUCAUUCAGGAAUUUUGGUGUCAAGACGGGAAGGACCGUGGAAGUCUUCAAUUCUGACACUGCAACUGCCUGUAGAAGACUCAAUACGAUAAUGAACGGCAAUCAAAUUGCCCAAGAUAGAAGAAAACAGAGGUUUUACAUGAAACCAGGGAAGAAAGCUGAGCUUAAGAGGGCAGAACGUCAUAGAAGGGAUUUCAUGAAGGGUUUCAAACAGUUGAUUGAUAUAGUGAAAGAUGCGAAGAGAAAAGGUUAUUGA